GCAUGCGCGACAGCUCCAUCUUCCGCCGACGAUAUUUGGAGUGUUGAUAAAAUACAAUUAAAUUUACUACUUGUUUACCUAAUUAAGGAUAAUGUAGGAGUGGAUUAAGUUUUUGAGUAGGCUAUAAACAUCCGUAAAAUUAUUGCAAAGUAUUGAUAAUUAGGAAAAUGGCUUUUCGAAGAGUAUUCGGUCGAAAAUGGCCACUGACAGGUAAACUGAUUUCGAGUAAUCAACAACAUUCUACGAGAAAUGUGUUUUUGACUGGAUGUGUAGUGAGUGUUGGUGUUGGAGGAUGCAGUUUUUUAGCAUACAAAUCUUUCAAAUAUACAGAUUUUGUUCCAAAACUUUAUGCCAAAGAUAAAAAAGAGGUUGAGACAGUAAAACCAGCUGUAAAAGUGACGUAUCGAGAGAUGAGAUUUCGUCAGUUUGCUAGUGUAGAACAUCAUGGAAUUCUAUACAUGACCCCUCAGGAUUUUUUGGAAUCCAUGACAGAGGAGACACCUAGACCAAGAAUUGGGCAACACCGCCUUAACCCAGCAGAUGUGGAAUCAAUGUUACGUUUAACACCAACACAUUCACGUGGUUCGACUAAACUCUUCAGGAGCUUACACAAUAAAGGUUUGAUAUCCUAUACAGAAUACCUGUUUCUACUUUGUGUUCUCACCAAGCCUCAUUCUGGUUUCCGUAUUGCGUUUAAUAUGUUUGAUACAGACGGCAACCAUAUUGUGGAUAAAAAGGAAUUUUUAGUGCUGGAACAAGUCUUCAGCAGGCAGUCUGAAUCCAAGGAAGUCAUCAAUGAAGUACAAGACACAACUCUACUUAUUCAUUUCUUUGGCCAGAAUGGAAAAGAUGUCUUGAAAUAUGAUGAUUUUUGCAGAUUUAUGGAGAACCUCCAGAGUGAAGUAAUUGAGUUGGAAUUUUUAGAGUUUUCUAAAGGAAUGAGUACUAUAUCAGAAGUUGAUUUUGCUAGAAUAUUACUACGCUAUACGAAAUAUGAUUCCACCGAAAUAGAUCAAUGUUUAGAAAGAGUUACAGAGAGAAUUCCUGAGGAGAAGGGAAUAACAUUUAAAGAUUUUAAACAGUUUUGUCAGUUUUUGAAUAAUUUGGAUGAUUUUUCAAUUGCUAUGAAGUUAUAUACCUACGCUGAUCAUCCUGUCUCUCAAGAAGAUUUCCACAGAGCAGUAAAAAUCUGUACAGGUUUUAUGUUAGGGGAACAUAUAGUAAACACCAUGUUUCAGAUUUUCGAUGUUGAUGGGGACGGCCAUCUUAGCCACCAGGAAUUUAUCUCUAUCAUGAAAGAUAGGCUCCAUCGUGGCUCUAGGUCUCAUCUGAUGCAUACACAAGGAAACUGGAAUACAUAUAGAACAUGUGUUAAAAAUGAGAUGAAGAGUUUUUAAAAUGGUGAAGAAUCAAAACUUGUUUGUUUCUGUUCUAAUUAUCUGUUAAUCUUAUUUGUUUGAAAGUUUGUUUGGAUGGUGGUUUAAGUUGUGGCUGCAACUCAAUGACUUGUAAAUGUGAUCCAUGUCUCUUUGAUCAAAAUACUAUGAUGGAACAAGAGCACCUUCACAAUGUCAAGCUAUUAGGAACUGUGUCUUAUACCUUGACUGCAAUAACCACCUUCUUGUAUCAGAAAAGUUAAUAAAUGUAGUGAUUGGAUUGGUUGUACAUUACCAAAUAUAGCCAAUCAUAGCCCUUGAUUGUUAACUGUCUUUCAGUCAUGGGCUGUAUUCGCUAGCGAACAAUCCAAUCAAAUCAUUCCAUCAACAAGAAAGGUGGCUAUUGCAGUCAAGGUAUAAGAUACAGUUUGUAAUAGAUUGACAUUGUAAAGAUGGAACAAGAGAAACUCCUUUGUAUUUUCAAUUUCUCUACUUUCGAUUUUCUAAAAUACAAAGGCUAUGGUAUCUUCACUUAGAGAAUACUGUUGGAUUGGAUUCUGAACUGAUUAUAGAACUACAGUAAGAAUCACAUCUUAUGAUCAACCAAGGUGCGUAUAGACCAUAUCCAUUGAGGUAUAAAGUGCUGGAUUAGUAAUACAGUUGAAAAUAGAAGAGGUGAAUAUAUCAUUCAGGUACUGGUCAAGACAUUUUGCAGACAUGAUAAUAUGUUUCUACUAUUAUCUACUGUAUUGGUAAUCCUGUACCAUACUGAACACUGAACCAGACACCACCUUUACUAUGAUAUUACAAUCAUCUGAAAUUAAGUGUAUGUGGAAUUAGAACUGCUUACUGAAAGUCAGAAUCCACAGACAGACAACAGUUGAGCUGUAAAUUCAACUGUUGAUUUUAACUAUGCAUAAUAUUUUCCCAAACUGUUCUAAUUAAAAUGAAGUUUGGAAUGUUUUGAUAAGUAGAGUUAGUAAAAGAAUAUAUUUUUGAAUUUAAUGAUUAUAAUUAUUCCUGAUAAUAUCUUUAUGUGUAUGCAUGUACAUAAGGUUUAAAUAGGUCAAGUCAAAUACUACACAGAAAGCACUGGCAUUUGUGGAUAGUUUGAAAGGAAAGUUUUGUUAAUAAUUUCGUCUAUUAAAGUUUUGUAAAAGAAGAAAAUUAUUUUGGAAUUUGAUAACAUGAAGCUUAAAUGCAUGUGCAUAUUAAUUAGGUCAGCUAUUUUGAGCCAAAAUUAGAAACAAUUUAUAUGGUAACCAACUUACCAAAGUAUACAGUAAAAAGUCUGUAAUAAGUUCUCUAAGUAGCAUAUCAUUUGAUAUAUGGAGGUUACUUAAAGGUGCCUCCACAAAUUCCAAUUAAACGCAAAGUGCUCUGGGGUUGUAAAGGUUGACGAUCUCGGGAUUUUUUGCAUGAAAACAUAAUUAUUUCUUUUGCACCCUGCUGUAGGAUUACAUCGCUUUUGAACAAAUCUAGUAAGAGUCUUGAAAUCUUCAUUAAACAGGUCUGAUCAUUGAAAAUUGCCAAGCCCUGCUCCCCAUUUCUGCUACAGCUGCAUCCCCUGUACUGACCUACCCCCCUGUUUACAUCCUGCCCUAUUCUACGUGUUAUUGAAUUGUGAUGAAAUCUUUUUCUAUUUUUUUCUAUUAUUUAUUACAUUAUUAAUGUUACUAUUAAAGUUUUAUCAUUAU